AUGUAUUUGAAAUACUAAGAUAGAGUAGGAAAAGAUUUUGGACGUAUCACAGUAUUAAAAAUAAAAAUAAAUUAUAUUAUUGAUAUUUGUUGGAUAUAUUCCUUAUUUUGGAUUAUCUAAUUCUCAAAAAAAAUGGAAAAUGUAACUGAGGGUGGAGAUGCAGCACAACCAGUCACAGAGCCAGAGAGUCGCAAAUCCCAGAUACGAUCCGCGGAUGUCGAUGAAAACAACGAUCCUACAAUUCCUAAAAAAGUUCGAAGACUCACUGAUGAAGAGCUCGCCGAUCAGAUAAUAGAAGAUGACGCUGAACUAGAGGCCAAUGAGAGAGCAGAGGAGACGGAGUUGAAAGGCCCUUCAGCCAAUGAGGUCUUUCAAGGGGCGGAGCAAACCUUGAUUCCAAUUAAUGAAGUCGAUUCUGAUGUAGAUUUAGGAGAAGAUGAUUUUGAGGGAAUGGACGGAAAAGAUGUCGAAGGAGAGGAGGAUGAAGAGCAAUUAGACCUUGAAGGGGAUUAUGCCGGGGAGUCGGACCAGCCUGCCGUGGAGGAGUUUGAAGACGGGGAUUUUGACGAGGAGGGGGAAGGAGAUAUUUAUGAUGAAGAAGACGAGCUUGGAACAACGGCAGAGGAGACUGAGGAUAAUAUACAAGAGGAAGCUGAUUCUUCAACAGAACUGCAUGAUUUUGUCCAAGCAAAUCUUGCCUACAUAGAAGAUUGUCAGUCCGAUAUCGACACUUUAAAUCACAAAGCAAACGAAGAAAUCCUUCUCGUCGAGCUGAAAUAUAACAGAUUACGCCUUCCAGUUUAUAAAAGAAGAAACACAUAUAUUGAAAGAGUCCCACAUUUCUGGGCAACUGUCUUUUCACAGCACAGGCAGUUACGGCAGGUCCUAACCAAAGAAGAUCUAAAGUGUCUGAAAUACGUCACAAAACUACAGGUUGAAGACUUUGAAGAAAACAGGUCAGGUUACAGCAUCCAAUUUUACUUCAGUGAGAAUCCCUGGUUCGAGAACAGAGCUAUAACUAAGGAAUAUCAUCUACCAUGGCAUGGUUCUCCCUCCUGUUCCUGUACUCCAAUUCAAUGGAAGAAGGGAAUGAAUUUACCGAUGAAAUCUUCCAGCUUUUUCAGCUGGUUUACGAGCCAGGAAGAUGCCUCAGCUGAUGAUAUUGCAGAGAUUAUCAAAGACGAUUUAUGGCCGAACCCACUCCAAUGUUUCUUGAUGAGCAACAAGCAAGCAGAUGAAUCUGAGUCAGAUGAUCCUGACGACAGCGGGAACUUAAACAAAGACGAUUCCGUUGUUCUUCUUGAUGACAGUCGUGAUGAUGAUGUUGAAUACAUCAGCAGUGAUGAAGAGGAAGUGGAAUGGCAAGGAGACAAAGGACAGACUUCAUCAACACAUUACCUAGUACAAGAUGACGAAGAAGAAGAACAAGACGAUGAUGAAUACGAUGAAUUUGACGAGGAGGACGAAGAAUUAGAUGUUACGGGGACAUCUGGUGGUAUGGGAAGCCAACCGAGAAAUAUGCAAUUACAAGACAGAAGGCCUAAAGGCGAAGUAAUCAACAUCGACGACGAUUAUUUGGAAUCUGAUGAAGAAGAAGAAUAUUACCAGGAAAACGAAGAUGACCUUGGGGUCACAGAUGACCCUGACAAUGACAAAAGGUUACUUCAAGGUCAAGAUACCAAUGAUGAUGACUUUGAGAUUAUUGACCCAGAAGCUGAACUUGGGGAUUCCCCUAAAAAUGCUGAAAAACCUGGGGGAGGGGAGGCCACUGGAGUCCAAAAUGUUGAUUCCAAUCACGACACUGGUACCAAUGAGGACAGUCGCCAUAGCAACGGAGUUGUGGGGUCGUCGACAAAAGAUGGGGGUGAAGACGAAAUUGGUACUGUUGAGACACCUAGUGUCAAUGAAAUCUCUAAAAUUGCAGCAACUAAAAUGCAGGAACAGUCCAAGGUCGUUUCUACGACAACAGCAGCAGGGGAUGCAGAUGUUACAGCAGGGGCAACCUGAAUUGUCUAGAAAGGUAUUACUAAAGAAAUAACAAGAAGAAGUCGUACCACAAAGAACAGUGGUUCCUCCCGAAUAAGAAACUGACUUUUAACAAUUCACACUUUUUUGCUCGUUUUCUUACACUUGUGACUAGCGGGACUUCCCCCUCCCCGGUUCCAAGCUUUCAGAUAUCAGUGGAAGCUCACAAAACUUACUUUUUGGAGUGAACACAUGAAAAUAUAGGAAGUAAAGACAAACUAUAGCAAAGCCAUCUUGUGUCCCAGAUUAUGCGGAGGUUUAAGUCGAAAAUCUACUCCUCCGAACUCAUUCUGGUAGGACUUUAGGGUUCAGAGCAGGGGCAUAACCAGGGGGGUUGGAACCUUCUUCCCCCUUUUUUUGAAAUGGAAAAAGGUCUUUUUUCUGUAUCACACGCUUGAAACCCUUUUUAAAUCCUCGAGACCCACGUUUUAUGGCCUUAUUAAAAGGGGGGUGGGAUUCUUGAAUAACCACUCUUUCUGGCCUCUGGCUUGACUCGCCAGCUCAGGGGUGGGUAACUUCUCUAGUCGGCGGGCCAGAUGUAGGAAAAUGAAGUCGUCGAUGGGCCGGAUUAUAACAUGAUUAGUAUUCAAUAUCUUAAUCACAUAUUCAUUCACUAAUGCAAGAAAGAAAGUUAUAAAUCGCGUUUAAAGUAAAGUUUACAAAAAAUAGAGAAUAAAAAACACAUAAUGAAUUUAUCAUAAUGUACUAAAAGUGUAAUAAUGUAAUAUCAUAUUGUAUUGAUGUACAGUCAGCGGGCCGGUCAAAAUCUCAUCGCGGGUUGACCCCUGCGCUAGCUUCUACGGUAUAACUUGGGAAUCCCCAACCCCUUGAAAACUCCUGGUCAUGUCCCUGGUUUGGAGCAGUGAGUUAAAUGAAGAAUGCAUGGAUUCCAGGGAGGGCCAAGGGGGUUGACUGGGCAAUCAAAAAUUUUAUUGCGUUUCAAAAAAACCAAAUCUUCCUUUUGUGCUACUAUAAAGUUUUUUUACACUGGUUGUUUAACUGAUUUGAAAUAAGAUGUUGACUUUCGAUGUGGAUCUGUAAGUUUGAUGAGGAGUGCAUUAAUUUGGUUUUGUCAUAUUGGGUGUCCAUAAAGUCUUAACAUUUUUAAAUUGCAAAUGGAAUUUAUCAAUAACAUAUAUUGUUUUGACCUGCACAGAUGUAUUAAAUGAAGUAAAAAAUACUUGAACAAUUACUGAUUCUAAAACAACAAACCUGGUUAGGAUAUAUUGAGAUUAAAAUUAUAUAUUUAAAUUUCUAGGUCUAGGUUGUUGGUGGGUGCUAGAUGCUUCCAGUCACUUCUUUGUGCAAGUUUUUUUAUUGGCCUUUGCUGCUGCCUUGGUUUCUUUCACAUUCUCGGACUUUUGGUUUAAUCUCAAUAUAUUAAAAUUGUAACAGAUUUUUAUGGACACCCUGUAUAUUUUGAGGGUUUGAAGGGGGUGGAGACGUUGAUAUGGGAAGUUAAUAAUCGUUUGCAUAAUAGACAACUCAAAUACUGACUUCGUACUAGUAUAAGCUAUUCAUACACGUAAAAAAUCGAACAAAUUGGGGGGGGGGGUAAUAGCACGGGCUUUUUAAAUUCAAUGUGUCACAAUCUAGAAAAAGAAAUGAUGCAGUCCUUGAAAUCUCAAGUAAAAACUAGAGCAGUGUUUCUCAAACUUUUUUGAAUUUGUCAGUUCUCAUUCCCCACCUCAAAAUAACAACCAUAGCUA